CUUCCGAUUCCCCAGCAUCAAGUGCAGAACCCACAGAAAAGGGAGGUGUAGAGGAAGAUUUUACGAAACCUGGGGUUGGAUCACAAGCUACGACAAGGCGCGAUGAGGUUUUCACCACGGGGCACAUGACCGACAGUACUUUCCAUGUGGAGGUAGUUACUGUGUCAAAGUGGUCACGGCAUGAGGUAGAGCCCACAGCACAUACCGAUUCCCCAACCACGGGGGUAAGCAGAAAGGAAGAAGAAACGUCGAGUUUCAUUGAAAAUGGAGACAAAGUCACUCCUCUUGAGGAAAGUUCUCAAAAACCAUCAGAGAAAGCUAUUGGGGAGGAUGUAACAGAUCCUGGGGAAUUCACAGUGCAGUUUCAGCCAACUGCAGCCACCGGUAUUAUGGAAAAGCCAACCUUCACAGGUGCUUCACCCACCAAAAGAGUCCCAUCUAUCACAAGCACAGAGGGCCCACUCGUUUCUGCAACUAUGGAAGGAAGUGCUUUGGGUGAAGGAGAAGAGGUGGACCUGCCUACGCCAGUGUCCACUAUCGUGCAGUUUGCACACACUUCAGAUGGGCGAGGAUUGGCAUUUGUUAAUUAUAGUAGCACCCAACAGCCCACUCCUCAUGUAGACACUUCCCAUACUGUUCCUCUCUCUGUAAUCCCUGAGUUAGUGUCUUCUGCGCCCUCAGAAGAUGAAAUUCCAGGUGAAUCCUCUCAAGACAAAAGUGUCAUUGAUCAGACUCACCUUGAAACAGCUGCUUCUCCAGAAACAAUGAGAACAACAACAGAAAUCACACAGGGGACCACUCAGGAAGAAUUCCUUGGCAAAGAACAAACAGGAAAACAAGUUCCUGCCCUCAGUUCUACAGCAGGUGCACCAGUGUUGGCAACAAGUAUCUGGGAUGAACAAGAAGGUGAUGGAUCGGCAUAUACAAUCCCUGGAGAUAGGUUGGUGACCACUUUGGGGAGGGUGCCAAUUUUAGAAACAACUCCGAUUGUAAAAAUCGAGCAUGAUGCGUCCCACCUCCCGGAUGCCAUCACUGAGCACAGGGCAAAAACAGAUGAAGUGGUCACUCUGAUACCAAGGAUUGGACCCAAAGUAUCUCUAAGUCCGGAACCUGAACAGAAGUACGAGACAGAAGGUAGUAGUGCAACAGAAUUUGUAUCACCUUUGAGUCCAUUUAGCACCAGUGUUUCCCAAUUUAUAGAGGAAACCACUACUGGGAAAAGAGUUGAAACAUCUCUAGAUUAUACUGAUGUAGGUUCAGGAUUAUUUGAAAUGCCUAAAGCCACAGAGCUUCCAGGAUUGUCAACCAUUAAAGCCAUGAUUCCAAGUGAUACCACUGCCAUGUAUGGGUCAGUAGAUGGACUUCCCACAACAGCAGUGUUUGAGCCGUCUUCAACACCCACUGAGAAACUUCUCGUUGACAGAGGGCCUGGGGAAGAGACAACCGGUGGCUUGGUGAUCAUUGAAGAAUCAACAUCCCAUGUUCUUCCCACUAUCCCCAGUGAUAUUGUAGCCAAGGACCCAGAAAGCGAUAUUGGUAGAGAGUAUUUCACGACUUCCAGCACUCCUCUGGCCACACAGCCUCCAAGACCACCAACUGUGGAAAGCAAAGAGGCCUCCAGACCCUGGGAGCUCUCCACCCCACCACCCCCACCGGGGACAAAAUUCCACCCUGACAUAAAUGUUUUUAUUAUUGAGGUCAGAGAAAACAAGACAGGUCGAAUGAUUGAUUUGGAUGCCAUUAGUCAUCCAAUAGAUUCAGAGUCUAAAGAAGAUGAGCCCUGUAGCGAAGAGACAGACUCAAAACACAAUCUGUUUGCCGAAAUCAUACCCGAAAUAACUAACCUAAUUAACAUAGAUAUAUACCAUAGUGAAGAGAGCGAAGGGGAGGAGGAAGAGUGUACCAACGCCACUGACGCCACUGAUGCCACUGACGCCACUGACGCCACGACCACCCCAUCGGUGCAGUACAUCAAUGGGAAACACCUGGUCACCACAGAGCCCAAGGGCCCGGAAGUCGCAGAAGCCAGGCGCGGCCAAUUUGAAAGUGUUGCACCUGCGCAGAAUUUCUCAGACAGCUCCGAGAGCGAUCAGCAUCUAUUCAUGGGAUCUGAGAUUGAGCUGUCCACCAUCCUUCAACCUAACGACUCCGCAGAAGCCACCGAAUCAUUCGAAAUCACAUGGAAGCCUGAGCUUUACUCGGAAACUCCAGAGCAGUUUUCAGGUGGUGAACCGGAAGUCUUCCCCGUGGUGCCAUUCCAUGAGGGAGAAACCACAGAGGGGGCAGCAUCCGAGAAUGGCCUUGAACUCGAGAAUCUGAUGCCCGAACCUACAGAGGGUCUACUUCUGUUUCCCGAAGAAUUGUCAGGAGAGGUUGCCAUUGACCAAGUGUCUCCAAAAGUAGUCUCUGGGGGAGCGACCGAGGUACCAUUUGCUGAGGGGGCAGAGCCGAGUACUUCUCUCACACACAUUCCCAGGGUAGUGCCAAGUUCUGUGACAGCAGCUAUUUCAGAGGAAAGAUCAGUAAGCUUAACAGGAAACCCACAGCCUGAUGGCCUAUGGUCUACCAAAGAAAGCUGGGUAGACCUGUUGGCCAGACAGAGCCCAGACCUCUCAGGGAGUUCCUCACAUCUGGUCCCAGAAGGUUCUGGUGGAGAAGCAGAUGAGUUGACAGACAAGGUGUUUGCUGUGUUUACUGAGCUCUCACAGGGAAAUGCCACAGAUUCACUCACUACCCCAGACACUAACAAGUUGAUGCUCACACAAAGCCUUCUAGAUAUUCCCACGGCCACCGUCUACUUGGUUUCCCAACAAGCCACAAAAGUAAUGGCCACCCAGUCAGUAAGUGAAGCGAGCUCUCCUGGGGGAGGUUUCAGUACAGCUACUGAGGGAACGAGAAGGCGGGAGAAGGAGAUGAAAGACAAAGAGGAAGAAAAGGAGGGAGCCACAGGUGCAGUUCCCACAGUUGAGUCAGUACAUUCAGCUACUGCAAGAACAGAGCAAGUCAUUUUAGCUUCAGAACUGGAAAAUGUAAAGGCAGCUACCAUUAGUGAUUCAGCUGGAAGAGAGACCACUGGGGCCUGGAUAGCACCCACAUGGUCCAGACGGGAGCCCACAAGGUCUGCUCUUGUCUGGAGAGAGAUGCAUGCUUCUGAUGAGGUGGGGACAGGAUUCCCUGAGCACAAUGAUGGCCGUCAGCAUGAGGGACAAGAAGCACUGCCCACUCACCCACAGAGCCCUGCCUUUCCCUUUAUGGAGCAGGGCUCUGGAGAUGCCACUGCUGACCCUGAGACCACUACCCUCCCUCCAUGGCCAUUAAACCUAGAACCUGAAACCCAAACCAACAACGAAGAAGUUGCCACUUUCUCUCCCCACGUGGGACCUGAAUUUUCCUCUGAGCCCACAGUGCAAGUCUUGAGCACUGGUAGCAUUAGAGAAGUUGCUGAGGUGGACAGGCAAAUGCCCGAGGAGACUGCUGAGGGCGCAGGAGGGCUGAGGCCCAGCGCGGAGAUGAGGAGCUUUUCGACAGGGUUUCCUUUGGAGCAGGAGUUCAGUGGUGACGCUGGAGAGUAUGUCACAGCAUCUCAGUCCAUCACACAAGAGGAAAUGCUGGUGAUGGAAGGCUCUGGGGAACCAGCCUUUAGUGAUACUCCAACUUCCCUACCUACCACACCUUCGUCAGUUCAUGUCAGUCACACACCUGCCUCAAGAAGACCCGGUAGCCCUGUGAUCGACCCCUCAGCCUUCCCUUGGGAAGCAUUCCCAGCCUCCGUGGAGGGCUCAGGGGAGCAGCUGGCCACAGCCAUCGGCUCUUUCGAGCCAGUUCUGCACAAUGUAGUAGGUAACAUUUCCCAGACAAAUUCCCCUUUUGUUGAUCAAGUAAUGGGAGAAGUGGGUACUGCUGGUGAAGCUCGUGAAAGAGCCACCGUUUUGCCAGCAACAGAAGGCACUGAAGCCCCCCCAGCAGAGGAGGACACAAGCACGGCCACUGGCACAGUGCCCUUGAAGUUUCCCCAAACAAUGGAGCCCGCCAGAUUAUGGUCCAUUCAAGAAGCUAUUUCUACAAGAGCGGGGACUGAAGAUGAAAUGGAGAAAACCCAAGGGCCAAGGUCUUUGGAAUCCUCCCAAAGCUCUCUUGCACCUGAUCAAACAGAUUUUGAUUCCCAAACAUCUAGUGGCACUGAACUCCAAACCACAGGUUCUUCUACACUAACAACAAAGGACACAGAAGGCACUGACAAGGAAGUGGGGGGAAAAGACAGUCCCUUCGUUAACACCGUGACUCCAGAGCCGAAGGCAGAACAUUCACAGUCACACACUGCUCGCCCACAAGCUACAGAGAACUCACACCUUUUCUUUGCGCCUGCCUCAGUGACUGAAUUUACGUCAGCUGAAGGUGCCGUCACAGAUUCAUCAGUCCAAGUGGAAGACACCGUGACCCCCUUCCUUAGUGGACUGCGGCCGACAGGCAGGGAGUCAGGCGCUGGUCUCUUGUUCUCGGGAAUGGGGUCAGGAGAAGAAAUGUUGCCCGCUUUCCCUACAGUGUCAGUGAAUUUUACUGAAAUGGAACAAAUCAUAAGCACGUUACAUCCCCAUACUUCUCAAGUGGAAAGUUCAAAAACAAGUAUCUUAAGCAGUAAAACAGAAGACGAAGAGAACAUGGAAAAUGUGGUAACUGAAGCCGGACCACACGGCUCUAAGAUGAACAUUUCCGAAGGUAGCGAGGCAGCACUUCACACAGAUCUCACACAAGCUCUAAGUGACCCUGGGGCAGAGGGACCCACCAUGACACCACUGCCUUUUGCCAAGGAUCCUCACCACCCUCAGGACCACACUCCUGGGUGGACAAAGGAAACUCCAGCUGGGUCACUCCAAAGCACAACUGCCCAAGCCUCUGAUGAGAGUGUUGCAGCAGCAGAAGCUAAAGGAACCUCAACCUCAUCCAUAGUUGCCGUCAUCCAGACGUCUGGUCUCGAAAUGGCCCCCGGAUCGGUGACAUCAGAGCCCAAGCCAGCUGAUUUGUUUUCUGAGCAUUCUGGAGAAGGGUCUGGGGGAUUGGUUGUUAUUGAUGUCACCCCCACGUCUAGAACUACUCAGACCUCCCGACAAGGAAGCCUCGUGUUUGCUUCUGAGGGGUCCCUGGCAACACAACCUGAAGCUGUUACUGCUGAUGGAGUCCACAUGGUGUCUGAGGGGCUUCCUCAUUCAACGCACAGUGAUGCCACUAGCACAUGGCCAAGUCCAACGCUGCAUGGGAAGUCCACGGAAGGGGCCACAGCCGCUGCUUCCCAGGGCCAUUAUGGAAGAGUUGAGGAUUCUACCGUCAAUCCUAACAGAAGAAAAGGCCCUGAAAAUAUUUUCAUCGAUGGCAUUUUCAUGGACAAGGAGGAUAAGGAUCUGAUAGUGGCCAUCACAGAGAACAGCAUCCUUGAAAUGCUCCCUGAGCUCACCUCGGAUAAGAACACCAUCAUAGACAUCGAUCACACCAGACCUGUAGACGAAGACAUCCUUGGAAUGCAGACAGCCGUGGAAGCAGAGGGCCCCUCGGGCCCACACAGCAGCAGUGAGGAAAGCCCUGCCGGCCAGGAGGCCUCCCAUUACCUCUCCCUAACCGAGGAAACUCCCGAAGGCUCUGGUGACACUCUUCCAGCCGCCCACACUCAGGCCACACACAGUCCAUCAAGGGCUUCCCAUGAUGGAAGCCAACCAGAUCACAGGGUCUCUGACCUCCCAUCCGGGACCCCUGACCCUAGCAUAAAAGUCCAAUUGGAGAAUUUGCCUCCGACCAUCAUGUCUCUGUCCAUCCCUGCAGAAUCGGCCACGGUCCCUCCACAGUGGGAGGAGCCAACGCUGGAAGCCAAAGGCUUGGACGACACGUUUGAGUCCAGCACUCUGUCUGACGGUCAGGCUGUGGCAGACCAGAGUGACAUCAUGUCCACCCAGGGGCAUGUGGGAAGGACACAGGAGGAAAAUGAAGAAAAGCCAGCGGGUCCCUCUUUCCAACCAGAAUUCUCUUCGGGAGCUGAGGAGGCAUGGAAGGACCCUACUCCCCUUGUUACUAUUGGUGAGCCCAUGGCUCAGAGUCUAACCGAGGCUCCCAGGGAGAUGGGAGGAACCGACCCUGCCCUGCACACUGAGAGGACAUCAACAGUGGCAGCGUUGGCAAGGGCGUCCCCACAGAUAUUGUCAUCACCUGUCUCCAUUGAUUCAGGCAGUGGAGCCUCGGAACACACAAGCUUCCCCCUCCCGAGUGCUCUGCCAAGCCUGGAGGUUAGCCCAGACCCCGUGUCCUCAGAGGAGUCUUUUAGGGAAGCCCAUGCAGAUGUGGAAGUGACUUUCAAACCAUCCCAUGAAGCCUAUUUUUCUGCAACAGAGCCUCUAUCUUCAUCUCCCAGCCCAGAAUUAGACCCCUCAGAGGAAGGAGGUAGCCCUGAGUUCCCAGAAGAGAUGGAAGCUUCUCCCGUAGAGCCAAUUACUGAGGAAGGGACUGGGACUCCCCAGGACCCCCCCAAAAAGGCCAGCACUCAGCUUCCUGGAGAAACAAUGACAGUUUUGCCCAGUGUUGGGACAACGCAGGCUGGGAUGGUCAUCCCAGCUGCUGGAGAGGUCAGGUCGGAAAGUUCUCCACGGUGGCCACAUCUUACCUCUGCUCCUGUGACCUACAGGGUGGAGGCCCGUGUGGUGCCUCAGCCCAGCCCCAACCCACACACUGCCGAGGAGUCCACAGUUCCUCCUCCAUGGGAAACAGAUCUGGAGACCCAAGCUUCAGUCACGAGGGAGGGCUCCAGAGUAGCGACAGCAGCAGAAGAGCAGGCAUCUGGGGGAGUCCCAGGUGCCAGGAGCCAGGCAGCAGGAAGUGCUGCAGAAUUCAAUCCCCAGCUUGCCACGCCUCCAUUUUCCCUUCCGGAAACCUCUAAUGAGACUGGGUUCCUGAUUGGCCUUCAUGAAGAGUCAAUAGAAGGCACAGCGGUCUAUUUGCCAGGACCUGAUCGGUGUAAGACAAACCCAUGCCUCCACGGGGGCACCUGCUACCCGACGGAAACUUCCUACGUGUGCACCUGUGUGCCCGGAUACAGCGGGGAUCAGUGUGAACUCGAUUUUGAUGAGUGUCACUCUAACCCCUGUCGGAAUGGAGCCACUUGUGUGGAUGGCUUCAAUACGUUCAGCUGCCUCUGUCUGCCCAGCUACGUUGGCGUACUCUGCGAACAAGACACGGAGACUUGCGACUACGGCUGGCACAAAUUCCAGGGGCAGUGCUACAAGUACUUUGCCCACCGGCGCACGUGGGACGCAGCUGAACGGGAAUGCCGGCUGCAGGGCGCCCACCUCACCAGCAUCCUCUCUCACGAAGAACAGAUGUUUGUGAACCGCCUGGGUCACGAUUACCAGUGGAUCGGCCUCAAUGACAAGAUGUUCGAGCAUGAUUUCCGCUGGACAGACGGCAGCACUCUGCAAUACGAGAACUGGAGGCCCAACCAGCCGGACAGCUUCUUCUCGGCGGGGGAAGACUGCGUGGUGAUCAUCUGGCACGAGAACGGCCAGUGGAAUGACGUGCCUUGCAACUACCACCUCACCUACACCUGCAAGAAAGGAACAGUUGCUUGCGGCCAGCCCCCCGUCGUGGAGAACGCCAGGACCUUCGGAAAGAUGAAGCCUCGUUACGAAGUCAACUCCCUGAUUCGGUACCACUGCAAAGACGGCUUCAUUCAGCGGCACCUCCCAACCAUCCGGUGCCUAGGGAAUGGAAGAUGGGCUAUGCCUAAAAUUACCUGCAUGAACCCAUCCGCAUACCAAAGGACUUAUUCUAAGAAAUACUUAAAAAAUUCCUCAUCAGCCAAGGACAAUUCAGUCAAUACGUCAAAACAUGAACACCGUUGGAGCCGGAGGUGGCAGGAGUCCAGGCGCUGAUCCCCCAAGUGGCAAGCCUGUGUUUUCAUCAUUUCAGCCAAAGUCCUAACUUCCUGUGCCUUUCCUAUCACCUCGAGAAACAUGACCAGAGGGUUUGGAUUUGUGGACUACCAUCCAGUCUUUGUGGGAUUGCCGUGCUCCCAGAACUUUUCUAGCGGAAGUGUUGGCAUUCCAAAGCAAAGCGAGCGACAGGAAAGCAAUGGAGGGCACAGAGUAACCACUUCCAGCCUGGCUAGUUCUCCUUCAGUUUUCUCGUUGCCUCUGGUGCAGACCGGUUCAUGUUGUACACCAGCCUACUGUACUAUUUAAAACGCUCAAUCCCAGCACCAAUGGCCAUGUAAAUAAGAUGAUUUAAUGCUGAUUUUAAUCCUGUAUAUAAAAUGAAAAGUUACACUGAGUUCAGGCAUAUUUAAUGAUGAUUAUGGGACCGUGGAGGUCUUGAAUCAUUGGUUUGGCUGCUUUUGUGUAGUUUGUUUAGGCUGGAAAUGGUUUCUUUGUCCUCGGGCUGUCGGCCACACUGAGGAUAGCUUUCUCUGGACAACCAGCAAGCACCAAGUCCCGUGGCUCACAGUGCCUGGCUCAGCCACGGGUGCCGGGGGGCCCCCACGGGGUGCCCGAGGCCGGCCAGUGGGCUCCUGACGGAGUGGGGACUCCAGUGCGGGACGCUUCUUUGCUGCAUUGCUUCUUCACUUCCAAGAAAGGCCUGAAUGGAGGACUUUUCCGUGACCAGGAGCAAUCUAUAGGGCUCAAAGUGCUAAUGAUUAACUCAACCAGGUCUACUUUUUCAUGGCUUUCAUAACACUAACUCAUAAGGAUCAUGGCAUUUCAAAUGGAUACAGACUUAGGGCUCUGGAGGGUGGGAUGGUGGGGAGGGAUUGCUAAAACAACGCCACACAUGCAAAAAAUAAAUUUUGUAUAUAUAACCAUUUUAAUCUUUUAUAAAGUUUUGAAUGUUCAUGUAUGAAUGCUGCAGCUGUGAAACAUAUCUAAAUAAAUGAAGUAAGCCAUACUGAUUUAAUUUAUUGGAUGUUCUUUUCCCCAAACCGGAAAUGGGCGUAGUAUGCUAGGUAUGUUUCAGUGAUAGCUUUUCUAGUCUCCUCGCACCAUUUGGAACCAUAUCAUGUAGGUAUUCAUCCCUGAUUAGACAAUGUGAUGGACCCAGUGUUGACUGUGAACAGAGUGGAGAGGCGUGGCGGCGUGAGCCCCCGCGUGUCUGUAGGAGCAGAGCAGGCAUUCCUCCCCGCGAGGUGGAGCGUGCGUGUUCACGGUUCUCCCGUUCCCUUGCACUCUGUUUUCUCCCUUUGGUUUGAAUAAAGUGACUCCUGAAGGUGACUCGGAAUCCUUAUCCCCGUGAUGUCAUGUUGGAAGAAAAGCCUGUGAUGCCGAGAAGGCCCUGGGGACUGUUUGAUUUCAGUCACAGCGACUUGGAGAACAGGCAACAGAUGAGAUGCGAAUGGGAAAGGAGCAGGCAGAGGUUGGCCCAGCAGCCCCCGGGGUGCAGAGUGACGACUUCCGCCCAGACCGUCACAGGGUCAGGAAGCGAGCUUCCCCCUGCAGGCUCCAUGAAGCGGGCCCGCCCGCAGGUGUUCUGCAGCUCAGUAUGUCACUGUGCUGACCUGUCAGGGUUUGCUCUUCCCCUCGCUCGUCACAAUGCAUAUAACACUUUCCUGUAUUUAUAUUAUAACAUGUAUAGUGUAAAAUGUGAAUGCCUUUUUUUGUGAAUGGAAAUCUAAAAUCUUUGUAACUUUUUAUAUCUGCUUUUGUUUCACCAAAGAAACCUAAAAACCUUCUUGUA